AUGGAGCAAGAACGUGGCAAGCGCGUACCCGAGGAGGUGCUGUUCAAGUGGGACAACGACCAUGAUUCUAAGCGGCGUCCGUUCGCGGAAGCCGAAGGCGCCGCUGCCUCUGCGACUGGAUCGGGAUCCAACCCUCUGACCUCGAGUGGCAUCGGCGCGUUUCGCAACGUCCUUCCUUCCCGUGUCGUACCGUCUGCGCAGCCAGAUGUGAACAAUGUGCACCUGGAAGCGAAGCGGUUGCGGGAGACGGUCGCCAACGUUCAGCUUUCGCACAACCGGGACUGGCUCGCUGCGAACACGCGCGUCACUGCUCUUGGCAAACUGGAUGUACUGGAUAGGCUCUCGUGUAUGCUGUUGAACCGCGAUAGCGCUAUGCGCUACGAGUCGCUGCGGUAUAUUCAGCGCGAGUGCACUUCCGAGUUCGAGUUCAACAAGAAAUUGUGCGAAUUUCGCCUGCGGCGCUUGAACAGCACGCUGGUGCCGGAGUACUGCAUUCCGCCCGUGCAUAUUCGUAACACUACGCUGGUGUCUAAGAUGAAAGGCAAAUGUGGUUGCCCGCUGCAGGUCUACAUUAACUGGGACAUGCGUACCCCGACCCCUGUCGCCAUGAAGGGUGCAGCAACUGGUGCCAAUCGCGGAGUUCCGGGCAUAGGUAUCGGUGGAGUAUCAGCCGUGCGGCCGUCUUUGAAUUUUGGCAGCGACACGUUCCUCACUGCUCGCGAGGAGCCACUGGGCACGGGCCCGCAAAGCGGCUCAACCCAUUUUAAUCGCGUUAUUAGUGGAUUGCUCGGCGGAUCGACGUAUUAUGAUGCGAAUUCGGAUACUCGAGUUACAAGUGAAGGUCGGCCUCAGGGCGCCGUCCCGCCGGUUCCCGCGGCCUCCGAACAGCGCGCACCAUCGUCAACCGACGCCACCGGUGGUUGGGCGCUCAACAGCAACGACUUCCGGCCGUCGUCUCAGGUUAGCGGGAAUGUGGGUUCUAUUGCAACCCCUACGGCGACAUCUAAUGACGGGCGGUUCACGCGUGAGCAUUUGGAGGCGGUUUGUCCUAUGCAUGCUGCUUCUGCGCUGCCCGAUUUGCUGUGCUCCAAAGGCGGUUCUAUGAAGGUUAUCCGAGAAUUCGGGCUAGUGUACCGGUACGAGGUGUCAUCUGCCAACUCCGGUGAAGUCCACAUUCUGUCCAUGCACAAGAUGCUUGGCGACACCAAGGUGUUUAACUUCCGUCUGCCGUCUGCGCUGCAGACCAUGAAUGCGAUAUACCUGCGCGACUUUGAACUGGAGCGUUAUCAGUCUGCUUUUAGUCCGGACGUGCGGGCACCAGACGAAGUCGACAAGUUGCGCACCUCGUACCUAUCAUCCGUGUACACCGGCCCCGCUCUGAUGAUCGCCACGUCGACCGAGUUCAUUAUCGCAUUGGUCCACGAAACGCCCGGUUCAAUGCGUCUUGGUGUAUUGUUCCGCGAGCGCAACUGCGGCCACGUGAUUAAUGAGGUGUUCGGCCACCGCGGGUCCGGUAGGGUGUUCAUGCUCGGCCCCAACAGCCUGCUGUACGAGUUCCAGUACCAGUUGGGCGCGAUAGAUGCCAGGGACACCUCCGUUUUUGGGAAGAUGAUGCCAAUGAUUGUCAAAGGCUGCAAGUUUGUCCUGACGGCCCUGACCAACGACCGUGUCUACAAGCUUCGCGGCACCGUCCCCGGCGGAUACACCGUCGAGUUGGGUGCUGGUGUCAGCGACUCUCGCAUAACCGACCCGGAUAACUGGUGGGAGGGAAGUGGGAACUGUCUGACUGAUUUAGGGAAGCCUUGCCCGAUCAGCGGUACCGUUUACUGGCCGCCCUUGCAGUGGCGUGAGCUGCAUCUCUCGCUGCAGGAAUCCAGUUUUGCCGACGGUUUCGGCCGUGAAAAUUGCACAUGCGUCAGUCGAGGUUGCUGUGUGAAGCACGAGUGCCGUACGUGCGUGAAGCUGCUGAACCCGUGGGACAAAUCUUACUUUGGAGUGUUUGCUUCCGGUGGUUCCAUCCUCAGCCUGGACGAGGAUAGGUGGUUGCUGUGUAUGCUGCGGGAUGACAGCGGCGACUUGAGUGUCUUCAAGAUCCCGGAUGAGUGCAAUUUCGAACAUUUCGUAAAAGGUGUGGUGGACUACGAUCGGAUGUUUCCCUACACGUUAACUUACUACAGUUUGCGCAACAGCGACCUGGUGAACCAGUUGAUGCGCGCGGGUUACUUUCGCGUGGUUGGUAGCCCAUCUGGCUAUCGGUGUUGUGCGGUGUUACCGGUUCCUCUGGGUUUAUGUGAGGGCGUCGACAUCGUAUUGGUCGACAACUACGGCAGCCGGAUCUUCGUGGGUUUCAUGACCGACCAAAAUAAGAAGACCUCACUAGUUGUCAAGGGAUUCAAGGCCGCGCAGAUGUUGAUCGAGCGUCGCUCGGUGAUGAGUAGGCCGGUAUCGUUCGGCUCUGGUUGGCAAACUCCCAGUCAGCCACAACCUGCAAACACGGCUGCAGUACAGGUUAAGCGCAGCUAUUAUUACGUGUCCGACCUGUUCGUCGUCUGCGAGUUCUACGUGAAGACUAACAAUAUGACACUUGCGAAGAUAACACUGUUUGCCCCCGAGUCUGCGUCUCUGUGUCAGUCAAGCGGGCCUUCCCCGCAAUCUGUGUCGGAGGAGUUGUGGUCUCACAACCAGCGGCAGUCUACGCCUCGUGGAGAAUCAGAUGCGCAUAACUCUGCGGCGCCGCGUCUGCGCCCUAUCGAGUGGUAUGACGAAUUCUGUAUCCUGUUGUCGCCUGGUGAAACCGUCCUUGACGUGUUCUCACAGCGUCGUGACUCCGCCGAUGGAAAGAACGGGUUCAGUUGGGAGUUGGCAUUCGUCACGUCACAAAAGAUAUACACCCUCUACCGGUCGAGUUUGAUGCGCCUCAUCACCGCGCUGGUGGAGCACCCUGUGUCGACGCUUAGGUACCUCGACCCCCCGAUGAUGUCGCAUGACCAUCGGGCUGCCAUCACAUCGCAACGCUAUAACAAGGCUGCAGAAACGCCCGAUGGUGUGCAUUUUGUGGACAUUUUCGCCGACGGUCCUCAACGCGGUGACCUGUGUGGUGAGGACGCUACUAAGGAAGCGGUUGCUUACGGAUUGUAUUACUUGUCCUGGUUGUUCACCCCCGAAGAGGUAUUCAGGACGUGCUGGGAGUUGUUAUCGGAACGCAGCGAGCCCCUACUUGAAUCGUUGUUGCUUGGCGCCAAUGAUGCGCAAUGCCUAUUAUUGACGUCCAUGGGCAUUUCAUCCCAGGCGUUCGGUUGGACGGCGCCGGGUGCAUACGCCGUUGAUGACGCCGGUAAGCCGACGACACCGGCGGUAAGCCCCUGGUGCAAGUUUGUCAUAUUCAGCGAGCCUAAGUUGCACCGCUUUAACCGGGUAUGUACCGGCAUGACAUCGGUGGCUGUAGACGGUGUGCUCUCUUUGGUAUGCGGGCUGCUGGAAUCAGUGUGGCUGGAACGCACGUUUUCUUGUGUGCCUCUGCUGACAUCCGACAGACGCUCCUCCAAAAACGAUGGUUCUCUUCCUUUCACUCCGGAAGACCAGCUGACGCAUCGUAACGAGUUUGUCGUGGGUUCGAGGUUUGAAAGCGACCUGAUGCUGUGUCUGCGCCGUCCCUUGACGGAGGUUAAGGCCAGAUUGGUACAGCUGCGCAAGUUGUAUCUGCUGCUAUGCAAGGUCGCCAUGCAAUACGAGUCGUUGCAGCCCGGCACCGUCGAGGCAGUGGCCAGCAGCGUGAGCCGCCUGUCGCUCAGCCUCCAGCGUGACAUUUUCCCCGACGACUGCUCUGCCGAACAGUCUUAUGGAAACGAUACCUUCAAAAAUCCCAUGGCAAACGGCUUCGGCAUGGACAAUGUUGCUAAAACGAGCCCAAGAUUCCCACACGUCGGCGCUGCUCCGGAGCUUACCAACGCCGGCAAAGCAUCGCCGUUCGACGUCGCUACAAUACUCCGCCGCUUGCGCCAGCGCCGCGAUAAUGACGUGAAGACUCUGCGGGAACUGGUGAUGCUGCUCGAGAUAACCCAGGAAUACCUCGCAUGUUGCGUGCUGCUGCACCGCAACUGCAUAUUGGGAGACGUUCAGCACGAGUUCGGUCGGAUGUUCGCCGACGUCCGCCUCCUUCCAUCUGAGGGCUAUGGCCGUAUGACCAUCGGCGACUUUUCCUACAGCCCAGUGAUGCAAUCGCACGAGCCUACCGUCUACCCGUUCAGCGUGGAGCGCAUUGCUUCCGCGGAUCGUCCUCCGUACGCGUUUACGAUGUCGAGGGAGUUCUUCUUCAUUAUGUCGCGAUCCAACCUGCUCAACCUGUGUUCCAACCAGGAGUACUACCGUUCGUUCCGUGUGGCGGUGUGGCUCGCGGGCGGCGAGGUGUCUAACCUACAGGACUACUUCUACGGCCACCUGUUCAAGUCCGACGAGCUGCGUUUGAAGCACUGGUCCAGCAUGGUGAAGUCGCUCGAACGUCAGCUUGCAACGGCAGAUAGCGACGCCUCGGUGGCUCAAUAUGCUCGUUUACUGAUGCGGUACCUCUCGGAAAAGCAGACGGCGCAGUAA